GCAGCUCUCUCACCGCCCUCGCUUACCCAUCAGGCAGAACGUGGGACAGCUAAGUACGGUGGCCGGCAGCGGGGCGGGAAGCCGGCAUGGCGGCGGCAGUAGUAGCGGCGGCCGGCCGGGCCUGCGCCUACAGCGUCGUGCGAGCCGCAUGGCGAGGGUUUGCUUCUGCGUCAGUGAAAGGCACUUGCUGUUCCUAUUCCAGCUUGGCAUGGUCUCUCCAGGUGCGAUCUUCCAUUUCUGUCGCCCAGAAUGUGACAGUACAGCAAUGCAGGCAAAGCAGUUUCUUCAAUACAUUGACAGCUGAGGAGCUCUGGAAAGGAGCUUUGGCAGAGACUGGUGUGGGAGUAAAGAAAGGAAGAGGAAAGAGAAGGAAGAAAAAGCUAAAAAAGAAUCUCAAUAGAGGCCAGGAGAUUGGGGAAGGACGCUCCGGUUUCCUCUGGCCAGGUCUUAAUGCUCCUCUGAUACAAAGUGGGAGAGUACAGGCACUUACUCAACGAAAAAAAGAAGAACGAGACAAAAUUCAGUCUGAAAUUAUUCAGCAGAGAGAUACAUGGGAGAAGAAAAGAAAAAUAAAAACGAAGAGAGAGGGAGGAUGGAGUGGAAAGUGUUGGGGAGGUGUCCUUUUGGAUCCUCCUGACCCAGGUCCUAAUGGAGAAACUUAUGAGGAUUUUGAAACGAGAGUCAUUGAGGUGAAAAAUGUGUUUUGUAUGAAGGCGAAGGAAGGCAGAAAAAAAUCAAUACGUGCUUUAGUGGCUGUUGGAAAUGGAAAAGGGGCUGCAGGUUUUGCAUUGGGGAAAGCAGGUGACAGGAUGAAUGCUUUACGGAAGGCAAAGAACAAAGCAAUACGCAGCUUACAUUUUAUAGAGCUGUAUCAGAACCACACAAUUUACCAUGAUGUUACAGUGAGAUUUAAACGCACAAACAUCCGCAUGAAGAAGCAAAACAAAGGUUAUGGUCUUCGUUGCCACCGAGCUAUUAUUACCAUCUGCAAACUAAUUGGCAUUAAAGACCUGUAUGCCAAGGUUACUGGAUCCAAAAACUUGAUUAAUAUUACCAGAGCUCUCUUUAAAGGAUUGACAGAACAGGAGACUCACCAGCAGUUAGCAAACCAGAAGAACCUCUACGUGGUAGAGUUCCGGGAGGAGCAAGGCCCACUGCCCAUUGUUGUGGCACUGCCCGAGGGGACUGUCCGCGAGGAUCCUGAGCCUGAGGAUGAGGUUCCAGACACUAAACUGGAGUGGUGUGAGGUGAAAGAAGCUCAGGGAAUGAAGAAAUCACCCUGGGCAAAUGUUAGACGGACAGUAUGGUGAAAAAUCCAGUAUGUAUGUCUCUUCUGCUCAGAGAUGCAGCUGUGAAAGCCCAGCCCAAAUGGGCAGGCUUACAUUUCAGAUGAUGGCUACAGUAGUUUUCAUGCCGUUCAUGUUGCUGCUCCCAGUACUACCGUUCAGUAACAGUUUGCUUUCCCACAACUUUUCUCAUCAUUGUUCAACUAGAAACAUUCAGGUGAAAGCAGCCAGUGGACAUGACUUCGACUUCAAGCAUGCAUUUACUUGAUUCCUGCAGAUGUGUAAUCAACAGAUCCUGUGUUUCUUUCACAAACUCUUGGGAAACUACUGAAAAUACAAGAUUGUGGAAGCAAUAAAGAAUCCUCAGAAUGAG